AAGGGUGGGGCUCGAGGUCGGAACGCCAGUCCGUAUACCCCCAGGAGGUGCCCAGCGGAGGCCCCAAGCCCAAUGAGGCGGGGUCUUUGCGGGGACUCCCGGGGGGGCCGGAACACGUGCGCAGGACCCUUUAAGGGAAGCCAGGUCGCCAGUGCCGCCACCGCGGUUACUAGGGAUAUAACGUCAGGCGCGGGCGAGGUUGUGCGCGCCCGGGCGGAAGCGGAAGGGGCGGGGCUCCGCGGGCCGAGUCUCCAGCGCUGCCGCCGCCAGAGUCAGAGCCGGAGCCGGAGCGGGCUGAGCCGCCGGGGCAAGAUGGUGGACUAUAGCGUGUGGGACCACAUCGAGGUGUCUGACGAUGAGGACGAGACGCACCCGAACAUCGACACGGCCAGUCUCUUCCGCUGGCGGCACCAGGCCCGGGUGGAGCGCAUGGAGCAGUUCCAGAAGGAGAAGGAGGAGCUGGACAGGGGCUGCCGCGAGUGCCGGCGCAAGGUGGCCGAGUGUCAGCGGAGGCUGAAGGAGCUGGAGGCGGCGGAGGGCGAGGGCAGCAAGGCGGAGCUGGAGCGGCUGCAGGCCGAGGCGCAGCAGCUGCGCAGGGAGGAGCGGAGCUGGGAGCAGAAGCUGGAGGAGAUGCGCAAGAAGGAGAAGAGCAUGCCCUGGAACGUGGACACGCUCAGCAAGGACGGCUUCAGCAAGAGCAUGGUCAAUACCAAGCCAGAGCAGGCGGAGGAGGAGUCGGAGGAAGUGAGGGAGCAGAAACAUAAAACGUUCGUGGAGAAGUAUGAGAAACAGAUCAAGCACUUUGGCAUGCUCCGCCGCUGGGACGACAGCCAGAAAUACCUGUCGGACAACGUCCACCUGGUGUGCGAGGAGACCGCCAACUACCUGGUCAUCUGGUGCAUUGACCUGGAGGUGGAGGAGAAAUGCGCACUCAUGGAGCAGGUGGCCCACCAGACCAUCGUCAUGCAGUUCAUCCUGGAGCUGGCUAAGAGCCUCAAGGUGGACCCCCGCGCCUGCUUCCGGCAGUUCUUCACGAAGAUCAAGACGGCCGACCGCCAGUACAUGGAGGGCUUCAACGACGAGCUGGAGGCCUUCAAGGAGCGCGUGCGGGGCCGCGCCAAGCUGCGCAUCGAGAAGGCCAUGAAGGAGUACGAGGAGGAGGAGCGCAGGAAGCGGCUGGGCCCCGGCGGUCUGGACCCCGUCGAGGUCUACGAGUCUCUCCCUGAGGAACUCCAGAGAUGCUUCGACGUGAAAGACGUGCAGAUGCUCCAAGACGCCAUCAGCAAGAUGGACCCCGCGGAUGCGAAGUACCACAUGCAGCGCUGCAUCGACUCCGGCCUCUGGGUCCCCAACUCCAAGUCCAGCGAGGCCAAGGAGGGGGAGGAGGCGGGCCCUGGGGACCUCUUCCUGGAAGCCGGCCCCCAGCCAGGCGACAAGAAAGAUGUCAGCGCGUGACUCGCCCCAGCUGCCGCCCGCCUGCCUGCAGGCUCCCGUGUGCCCCUUUUCAGAAAACAAAAAUAGAUGCCAUCUCCCCAGCUCCUGGCUUCCUCCACUUGCGCUGCUCCUGCCCGGCCUGGGUCAGGGAGAGAGCCUGUCCCCACCCCCACCCCCUCCGCCCCCACCUCAGCGCUCAGCCAAGUCUCUGCUUUGAGUCAAGGGGCUCCACUGCCUGCAGGCCACCCCCCCCCCAUCAGCAUAUGCCAAAGGCCUGAGGGUCCAGGGAGGGGCGGAGGUCGCUAGGCUGGUCCGUGGGGUGCGGGGAGGGUCCCCAGCCCAGAGGCCUGCUCCAGUCACUAUGGGCUCUGUUUUCACUGUUCGUCUGCUCUCGAGUCUUCUAUAUGGUAAACAGCAAUGAUCUACCAAUAAAGGAUUUCAGAUGCUCA